GCCCCUGGGUUGGGGGUGGUUCCACGGAGCUGGGAGGGAGGAGUUGAGCAGACCCGGGCUUGGGGGUGACCAUGGGUGGUUGAGGGGUGUCGAGUUCAGAGGCGGCCCAUGCUGGUGGCCAUGGCCGAGGAUUACUGGGACUCGCAAUAGCAGUAGCCGCCGCCAAGCAGUGACUCCAGCCAUUUCCCCAUCAUGGAUCGGAUGAAGAAGAUCAAGAGGCAGCUGUCCAUGACACUGCGGGGGAGCCGAACUGUAGAGAAAAACCUCAAUGAACCCAUCAAUAUAGAGGAGAACAACAGCAGUGAUAAUGGCCCCACAGUGAAGAGUGUGCGUCCCAGCACCUCCCGCAGCGUUCACGCCUUCCUGCACCACUACGCAGGCUCCUUCCGCAGGCCCCGCCUGGCCGUCAGCCGCAGCCUGAGCUCUCACCUCGGCCACACCGCCCGAUUAGAAAUUGUUCAUGAAGACCUCAAGAUGGGUUCGGAUGGUGAGAGUGAUCAGGCAUCAGGAACAUCAUCAGAUGAGGUGCAGUCUCCAGUCCGAGUGCGCAUGCGGAAUAACCCAACGCGCAAGAUCUCCACUGAGGACAUUAACAAGCGCCUGUCGCUCCCAGCUGACAUCCGCCUGCCUGAAGGCUACCUGGAGAAACUGACCCUCAACAGUCCUCUCUUUGACAAGCCCUUGAGCAGGCGGUUACGCAGAGUCUCUUUGUCGGAGAUUGGCUUUGGGAAGCUGGAGACAUAUGUGAAGUUGGACAAAUUGGGAGAGGGAACGUAUGCCACUGUCUACAAGGGAAAGAGUAAACUCACUGACAACCUGGUGGCCUUGAAGGAGAUCCGUCUUGAACAUGAAGAGGGCGCCCCUUGCACAGCCAUUCGGGAAGUUUCCCUUCUAAAGGAUCUGAAACAUGCCAAUAUAGUGACCCUGCAUGAUAUCAUCCAUACAGAGAAAUCCCUAACUCUUGUCUUCGAGUAUUUAGAUAAAGACCUCAAACAGUAUCUAGAUGAUUGUGGGAACGUAAUAAACAUGCACAAUGUGAAGUUGUUUCUGUUCCAGCUGCUGCGUGGCUUAGCUUACUGUCACCGUCAGAAGGUGUUGCACCGAGACCUGAAGCCCCAGAAUUUGCUUAUUAAUGAGAGAGGGGAGCUCAAACUAGCGGAUUUUGGACUAGCACGGGCAAAAUCUAUCCCCACCAAGACCUACUCCAACGAGGUGGUUACACUUUGGUACCGACCACCUGAUAUCCUGCUGGGCUCAACGGAAUACUCCACCCAGAUUGACAUGUGGGGUGUGGGCUGCAUUUUCUAUGAGAUGUCCACAGGACGGCCACUCUUCCCAGGCUCCACAGUUGAGGAGCAGCUGCAUUUCAUUUUUCGGAUAUUGGGGACACCCAAUGAAGAGACGUGGCCUGGAAUCCUGUCCAAUGAAGAAUUCCGAGCUUAUAAUUACCCCAAAUACCGUUCUGAGGCCCUGAUCAACCAUGCCCCACGGCUGGACAAUGAUGGGGUUGACCUUUUAGGAAAGCUGCUGCAGUUUGAGGGCAGGAAGCGGAUCUCUGCAGAUGAGGCCAUGCGUCACCUGUUCUUCCACAGUCUGGGAGAGCGGGUCCUCAAACUUCCGGACACAACAUCAAUAUUUGCACUAAAGGAGAUUCAGUUACAGAAAGAGACUGGGCUGAGAUCAGCUUCCCUGCCCGAAUCAGUGAAUGGUCAGAACGGACGACCAAGCCUGCUGCUUUGAAGCCUACAGAUCUGGGUUGGCAAGGGUAGAAAGCCAGGUUCCCCCCCCAUCCCCCCCGGACAAACUCCACUGGUGGCUUCUUUGUAUUGAACUGUGGCAUGAGGACUUGUGCUGGGAAUUUGCUGGGGCAAGGCCGGGGGGCCCUGGAACUGAGGAGAAGCAUGACUGCCCUGGCACCGAGAAGCCAGCCACCUAUUCUCUGUUCCGCUGGGACGGACUCUCCCUCCCUCCCCCCACUCACACACAUGGUGUUUCAUUUUAUUUUUUAAGUUUUAUUUUUUCAAUGCAAUAUUAUAAAUAUUAUAUUUACAAAUAUCUAUACAGAGAGAGAGAGAGACACCCCCCCACCCUAGCCUCUCCAGCAAUGGGGAGUGUACAGUAUUAACUAUGAGGGAGCCAAUCCCCUACCCAUCUCAUCCCAGCAGUGGGCAAGGGGGAGGGAGGAGAAACACAGGGGCCAGAGUAGUUCCAUCCUCUGCACUCCAUAAUCCAGGAAUCAGCAGGGUUGGGGAGGUUGUCAAUAUUUAGGAUGAUGGGCGGACUCCACCUUCCCAGCUGUAAUCACCACCUUUGGACUCGGUGUGGCACUGUUCUCCUGGCCUAGCUAUGUCUGUUGAAGUCCCAGGGAAGGAGCAGGCAACCAGGUGUCCUCUGAUAAUUCUCCAGUUCUUUGGGAAGAUGGUCCUUCUUUUCCUGUCUUCCUUCCUUUUGGGACUUCCUGGCUGCAAGGGUCCCCUUUCCGAACCUUUCCUGCUCAGUUUUGGAGCUGCCUCCAUCUCCUUCCCACACCAAAGUGGAGUCUCCCUUUUUUAUCCCUUGGGUCUUGACUGGUGCCUCACCUGGGCUUGCACUUGGUCAGUGCUCUCAAUCCCAGCUUACUCCUGUUCAUCUGUUACAGCUCUUGUAUUACUUGCUUGGUACUCAGGGUUUGCAUUUCUUCCUUUCCCUUUCCAGACAUGGUCCACUGACUUCUAGUCUAGAUACAGUCUACACAAGCACCAGCGAUACUAGUAGGCCUGGUGCAGGAAAUUCCAGUGGAUUGUGCCUUGUUCUCUCACCACUGUUCUUUGUUUUUUAUGUAUACUACAGUCCCUAGGUGAUCAUGACUUGUAGCUUGUCUUACAUUUCUUACAUCCAUAUGACUGUGUUAUGAACGGGCCCAUCUAGAUCUUUCCCUGAUGUUGUGGCAUUUAUUUUGGCCUAAAAAACUUGGCGCCUUCCAAAAAUUUGGGGCAACAACUUCCCUCAGCUUCAGUCAGCAGUCUGGGAAUAUGGGAGCAGUCAACCAAAACAUCUGUAGGACUAUAAGUUGCCAGUCUUUCUUGGUCAUCUUCAUACAAACCAUUUGCCUUGUCCCAGUGCUGCUUAGUCUUUUCACAUCUGUUCCUACAAUCUUCACACCAUGACCUUCGAUGUAACGAUUUACAGCAGUGGCUUCUUAGUCCUUUGUUAUGCAGAUUACUGGCUCCCUUAAUCCCUAUUCUUUCUUGAAUCCAAAGUAAACCAACAGCUGUUCUGCAGUUAACCACCCAAGCUCCAGUGAUCUCUUCUACUAUUGAGAAACAGAUACCUAAGAGGCCAUGGGCCCUUUCCACAGCUCUUUAGUCACUGGUUUCAAAGGUCAGUCAACUCCUGUCUAUGCCUCUUCUAGAAAAACUAACCCUCCUUGCUUUAAUCAACAUCCCUCCAAAACUGUCUAUCUUUUAGAUUGACUUUUUGGUCUUUACUUGGAAGACUCCGAUGUCUUCGCUUCUGCUCUGUUUUGCAGUCUUGGUAUAACCUCUUGGUAUGCCAGAGCCGUCAAGAUUGAGACAGAAAAGUCUCCGUGAGCCCUGCCUGUGCAUUCUCAGUGGCUUGGGCUCCCUCUGCUUCCAAGCCUCCUACCUUGAGGAGAGCUGGCUUACAGGAAGAGGGAAAUGCCCAACAGUAUCAUAGUUCCCCAGGCCAGGACUGUUCCUUUGAGCUCAGGGCACAGAACUGAAGGGUGGGGAUCCAUCUCCUAGCAUUUCUUCUCUGGGGGUAUAUAGACAAGGCAGCACCCCUUUUCCCUCUUUGAUCACAGCCUAUAUGUGUCUGUAUGCGUGUGUGCGUAUGUCUGUGUAUAUAUAUGUACAUAAGUAACCAUUUUUAUAUGCAGCAUGAAGCGCUUACAAGGUUCCAAGAUCUUCCCUUGACGAGAGCCAUAAGAUGAACUGUUCUUGUUACAACACUCAGGCAACUUAAAGGAUUUCUGGAAACACCCACAGAGGACAUGCAGAGGUGUAGCCCACCUUGCGCACUGGGAUGCAAGGAGUUUGCAGCGCUGGUGGCCUCUUGCCUUGGCAUUCAGAUGCCACUGCCCAUGCAAUGGGAAAGCCUGGGGAAAAGCCUUGCCCACGCGGACUUCCCAGCAUUAGCCUCUUUGCAUAGGGUUGUGUUUACACAGGCAUCCUAAUAAGGACGGACCAGCCUCUUUCCUUCAGUUCAGUGAACAUCCACCGGUCCUUUUUUAGCCAACUAACUUGCUUGCGUGAUCCUCCCCUCAGUUCCUGCCUACUGGGCUUUUGACUACAGCCUCCCAGUUCCUUCCUUUUGUCUCCUCUUUCGACUGCACCUUAGAAUCAGAAACCUCUGGUAGAGGGAUCAUUUUCUUGCCCCAGCUAAUCAGAGUUCUCACCUUCCUACCUGGAACAUGUUCCUGAAGCGCUCUGGACCUAGCGGUUCAAAAGGUUUCCCUGCCUUAAAACUGACCUCAGUAGGUUUGAAAUGAGGUCACACUUCCAUCCGGUGGGAACUCGCCAGUCAUUUGCCAGUCACAAUCUGUAUGUUUUGUUGCUUCAAUUCUUGCAGACAUCAUUCUUCAAUGUGAUACAGCAGUAGACUUGGUUUGCUGCCAGAAUCCAAAUUAGAGUUGUAGACGUACAGUGAGGCUAUAGCUGAGGCUAUUGCUCAAUUUAAAAUCCUGCUCUUAGAGAGCAUAUAGGGAGUCAUCAGAAGAACUGGAGAGAACAGGAGAUGGUUUAACCAUGGUUUAUUCAGUGCAGUGUUGAAUCAUAGGUCAUACAAACUGGGUUCUGAACCCCACUUGAAACCAUGGUUUUAAGGGCUGCUUUGCUGCAUUUUUUAUCUGUUGUUAAUCUGAACCGCCCUCUUAACCCUAGUGAAAGACCACAAGCCAUGGGUGAUUAAGUAUUGAAUCUGUAUGGGACUGGCAGGAACUCAUAUUACACUGUGUGGAGUAGUUUAGAGAGAUAAUGGCCAAGAUAUACAGGGCUACCUUUGUGGAGGGGGUCCAGAAUCUAUUCUGUUUUGGUUUAUGGAAUUCAUUUUCUCUCCCUGCCGAAAGAGAGGAAAUGGGGUUCUAGGGUAUGGAAGAACGUAGCCGAGGUGUAAAACAUGAGGUAUUCUCCAAACACAAAUGGGCUUUGCUGAAUUUUCAGGACUUCUGUUCAGGAAUUUGGGGAAGUGUGGUUUCAAAAUAAUGCUGAGAAUUUGGGAGCAGUUUAGGGCCUAAACUGAGGAUUCAGAAUUCUCAGAGGUGACAGCAGGAACAAAUGCCAUGAUGGCUAAACCAGUUUGCAUAUAGCAUGGAUGUAUUCUUAAUUCAAACCUAUUCAUAAGAGCUUUCAUGUGAGAAGAAAACCGAAGAUGGCCUGUUGGAUAAUGAAUGUACAGAGGAUUUGGAUGUUGCUUUUGAGGCGGGUGGGGGAGUGCAGAACCCCAGAAUUUCUUUCUGGACUGGAGGUGAGCAACCAACCUCUUCUUGCAGGAAACAGAAACCCAGGAAUGGAUAAUCACUAGCACAUGGAAUGGACUAUCUCCAUGUGCUUCCCCCACCUCACUCCUGCUUCCCUCCACAUCAAUGGAGUAGGUAUGGAGUUUCAGUUCUCCUAGUAUGGAAGAAGAAACUCUGUCCUUGUAUAUAACUUGAAUUGGGGGAGCAACUUUCUCUUUCAAAGAUCAAAGCUUACCAUUGUAGAAGAAAAGUCCCUGAGGAACAAAACGAACAAUUUUUUUUCUCCUCCAGAUGCUCCCUCCACCUUCUUUGGGGUUAAUUAAUGCACCAUAUCCAAAUGUAUGGAACUGAUUAAAAGUCUCCAACAAUC